AUAAGCAGCACACACACACACACACAGACGAGUGAGUGUAACGCGCCAUGCAGCGCUGGCAGCAGGAUUAAGACUUGUGGCAUGUUAAAUGGAAUUUAUGCCUCUGCAGCUUUCCAUCGAUUUUCAUCUUGCGCCAACAACGGACUGGGGAUGAAAUACCAAACAUAUAAAACGGAUUUGAUACUACAAAAAUAUGCAGAAACAAGAAAAAAGACGCGAGCUGCGUCUGAAGCGAUUCUGGCGCUCGCCAAAGACAACAUCAUCGGACGAUUCAACGGGCUAUGAGAGUCCGACGCGUACAAAGCCCGCGGCCAGCGAUGGUCAGCGAUUCAAUCAUCUGCACUACACAAGCCUCUCCCAGGGCUCCGGCACCAACUCAUCCACGAAUGUCAAUGGGGCUGGAGGUGGGCCGUCGACUAGCAACAAACCAUCCUGCUCGCUGCCAUUGUUGCAAGUGUGGCCCAGCCAGGACUCGCCGCGCGGCGAAGCCGAUGGCCAAUCCUUCAUCUUCCCCGCCAUUGUGGAGACCAGCAUCAGUGUCAAUGCACCCAACAACAACAACAGCAGCCAAGCGGAGGGACUCGAAAUACGAGGCAGCAACAAUCACUUGACACUGAGCACGGACAGACGCAGUUCGCUCUACUGUGAUACGCUGCACGCCGGCGACUCCGGCAUCGAUUCCGUGCAGGCAUCGCCCUCGCCGAAUGCGUUCAUAGCGCCACCUGGCGUGCAUGUGCUGCCCAUGGGCCAAACCGGCGGCGGCUCGUGUCAUGUCUCGCCCACCAGCACGCCCACGCAGGGAUCACCGAAUCUGUCGCUGGGGCGGCGGCAUAUGCGCAACAAUAGCAUCUGUGUGGUGUCCAACAAUUAUAGACGCAAGUCCAGUGCGCUACUGCAUCCGGAUCAUGCGCGGCUCUUUGCGCUGCGCAUGAAGCACGCGGCGGCGCUGGAGCGGGCGCAGACCUCGCCCGAUCAGACUUCCAUUGAGGAUGCAACGGAGUUCCAUGACAAUGGGCUGGCGACUAAUAUGCGCCUGUGCUCGGCCUCGUCGUCGACGACAUCGUCGCUGACAUCCGUGGCGGCGGUCAGCCUGGGCGGUAGCGUAGCAGCCGCUGGCAGUGCCACCGCCAGCAGCGGCGGCGGCGGUGCUCUCCGCGCUCGCGUCGCGCGGCUGGGCGCAACAGCAGGCGUCUCCGAUCCUUGGCUGCAGCCACAGUCCGAUCGCGAUUCGCGUGGUCAUCAGCAUGAUGGCCGCCGGCGCUCCUCGACAAUGACGGCACGCUACUCGCUCUUCGAUGCACUUGAUCUGGAGUACGUGCUGCUGCGAGCGGCGGCGCGCGGCUCCGUUGGCCCCUACUCGUUGAGCGAGUCGAUACAUAAGUUAACCUUUACCCAAUCGCUGGCGUUUCCAGCGCUGGCGCGCGGCUUGGCCACCAAGCGUCGCCGCUCGGCCACGCACACCAGCUCCAGGCCGCUAAAUCCGCACGAGUCCGGCCUGAACACCUGCGCCAAGGUGGUCACCGCCGUUGUGCUGGUGGCCAUCUCCUUUAUGGUAUUCCUCAUUGUCUACAAGUUUGUGCGCACGUGAGGUUUGCUCCUGGCCCCGACGCCAGACUUUGCCCUCACAUAUCAGACCACGAGCACGGGCACGGACACGAGCUACGAGCCAGCACUUGACUCGUCCGCGUCCGCGUCCGCCUCCGCAUCGACGGGUCGCAGUCUGGGCAAACACUUGUCGGGGUUCAGGAGCCAAUUUGGUCUCAGGCAGGCGGACUUUGACUUUGACUGGGGCGCUGAAUAGUCCACGCCCCCCUCAUAUACUCGGAAAUUGUAAACAAGUAUUUGUGAUAAACUUUUCAAAUGACAAAGCAAAUUUCCACACACACACAAGGGCGUAGUCAACACUUUGUCAAGGGGGUAUUUCAGGCUUUUAGUAAAAAUUUAAACGCUUUAGCAACUAUGAAAUUCUUAAACAACUUUAAUUAUGUAAACGAGCUCCCCUUUGCGCACGCCCAUGACCACACAAAGGCGUAGUCAACACAUGCUUAGGUGGGCUGGCAACAUUUCAAGCUUUUAAGCGCUUUAGCAACUAUAAAAAUUCUCAAACAUCUUUAGCCCCCCCUUUGCGCACGCCCUUGGAACACUUGAAGGCUUAAGCUUGCCACAGAGCGCGUUUCAAUUGCAGUAAAUAUAGCAAUUAGCUAAAUAAACAUUAUUUUUAUAUAAACUCAUAUGUAAUUAUAGUUAAAUUUAGUCUUAAGAGCCACAGAGCUCGCCUGCAUUCUUGCAUUUGGUAGCCUAGGCCAAGUUCUUUUAAAUUUAAACAAUUGUAUUGUAUUUUAAGUGCCUAACUAACUAAACUUUCGAGCUACAAUACAAAAAAAAAACACUAAACGUUUCAUUUGAAUAACGAAUUUAAAAACUUAGCUAAACUAUUGGCAGCCGCUUUGUUAGUCAAAAAUAAAUAAUAUAUUAGUACUAUUUGUUAAAUGCUGCUGAGUUGGAAGGGUUGCCGCUUUUUUUAUUACUAUGUUGUAAGUCAAACGUACCCGAAAGUCUUCUAUGCAUAUGUCUUAAUCAAAAACCACAGCCCUUCCGCGUUUUUUUAUAACCGCAAUUUAUUUGGAAAACAUUUGAAAAUUA